AUGGACGCAAACACAUCGGAAAACAAUACACGAGUUCAGCGAUCACAGUCCUCCAUUGCGCUUGGCAAGCGGCCAGUACAUGACCCACCACAUCCCGACAUCUCAAAACCCGCAGACUCCGACAAUAACGACGACAACACCGACGAACGUGCGCGAAACGCCGCUGAGAUACAAAACCUUUGCUAUGAUCCACUUGAAGGUUCUAACAUCCGAUUGAUUACUAUAGAUCCUGCGUUGCAGGACGGAAAGGUCAAACUUGCUAUGGAACAAGUGCCGCUUACUAAAGGGCUUGACUUCCAUAUGCUUUCAUACGUCUGGGGGGAUGGGACAGACAAGCAUACCAUCGUUGUGAAUGGCCAACGAUUGGAUGUAACACAGAACCUUUACGACUUUUUAGAAACAACGCGCCAAUACGAGCCGGACUUCCUAGGCAAAGCGACCGGUCCCGCUACCAUGCCAAUGCGAUUCUGGGUUGACGCUAUUUGCAUCAACCAGAAUGAUCUGAAUGAGAGGAACAAGCAGGUACCUCGGAUGGGCGAUAUAUAUUCGAUGGCGAGCCGGGUAUGGAUUUGGAUAGGCUUUGCAUCGAAGGUCUUCAGCGAAGAUGGUGAUUUAGAGGUGUUCAAGCGAGGCUUGGACUAUUGUGUACAAGAUUCCUUCAAGGAUCUCGCCACACUCGGAACGACGAGACCUCCAAACACGCCUCUGAUAGAGCAGUUCGCUGAUCAUCAUCGUCAACUGGUUAUGGAGAGGACGAUGGCCCGAAUGCGAGCGAUGGGGUUUGUGCUUGAGCCUGGCCCUAAGAUGGACAUGAUGUACCAGAAGUAUACACAAUUCUCUGGUCAAUUCUCAUCACAACACAUGCAUGCGCCUUUUAAUAUGUUCUUGCGACAGCUAGCAAGUCUUCUCAGUCAGCCUUAUCUCAAAAGAGUUUGGAUCAUACAGGAGUACGUUUUGAAUCCCAGAGCACCAAUCGCACUUCUGGGGAAUUUCGUGUUAGACUUGCAGCAUGUUAUGGCUACAAUGAUGCGGUUGUCGCGGGAAGUUCAGUUAAUGAACGAGCACUCGAAAGCCCUCGUCUUUGCCGCUGUCGGCCAAAUGGCAAACCUGAUGACUUUGGAUCGGGUAAGGAUGGAAUGGCACGGUUCAUCAUACAUUGGCAACACCUUGGAAGGCUUGACGCGCCUAUCACCAGGCGAGCGACUGAGCCAUCUUCUACAGCAACUGUCCAAUACGCAGUGCACCAAUCCAGUAGACCGAUUCUACGGCAUCUUGGGCUUCUUCUGCCACCACGACCUGCCUAGAUCACUAGUCCCUGACUACAGCUUACCGGUUGAGCAAGUAGCCCAGGCAUACACGCGAUACAUCAUCGACAGCACCGGGGAUCUGGAGAUAAUUGAAUCCAGUAUGGGUUAUGAAUCUGCAGAUUGUCCUAGCUGGGUAGCCCACCCAACAAGUCUUAUAGGUCAGACGAGCACACAUAUCACUGUUUCUAAGGGCAACAAAACACUCUACUUUUCCGAAGAUGGCCGUUGCCUUACGUUAGAGGGAACAUUCCUUGGACAGAUUGUCAAGUGUAGCUGCACAGAUCGUCCAGGCGAAACUAUGGGCGAACAUCUUAAGUACUUGGACGAGGAGUUGUUCGAAACAGCGUCUCAAAUUACCGGCAAGCCCAAGAGCGAAAUCUUCAAGUUCUGGUUGAAUGAGCAAGUAGAUUUCCAGAAGGGCAUGCUUCCCUCCGACUUCAAGAGUUUUGACAGCAUGCAAGACCUUCUUCGACGCUACCAGGAUAUCUGUAAAGAUAUCCCCCCGGAAGCCCUCGAUGGUUCCAACCGCAUGAGUAGCAUGCAAAAGCACAUCAUCUUCAAGACCCCCUGCCGCGACCCUAAGUUCUUCAUUGCGAAGGAUCGAGGCUGGUUCAAGACGUACACACCCUUCACAUCUAUAGUUGAUCCCUCGCCCUUCUUCAACCCGGGCAACUACAUUCCAGUGCUAGGAAUAGGCACCGUCGAGAUCCCCACAAAGCGCUCGCCCAAUACUUCAGGCGUGUCUUCGCACGCAUCUCUCCUUCUCCACGAAGUCCUGCACGUGCCUGAUUUUCUCUGCAACGUCAUUGGGCAACCACUUUGGUUAACAGACGGAUACAAUCCUAUAAUCAAAUCUGGUACAAAGUCUCGAGGAACUAUAAAAGAUAGUCAAGGCAAGAAUGUUGCCUAUUUCCACCCCGGAAGUCCGCUGCUUGCAAUCAAAGUGCGCUCUCCACUAGACUGGCCAAAGCUCGGUCCGCACGCUCUGAAGAAGGACGGCCUAUAUGUGCUAGGCUGUCAAUGGGAUGCUUCCGAAAAGCAAAAGUGGCGAGAAUUUCAAGCUGCUAAUGGAAUGUUCACGGCGCAAAACGUUGCACCCUACACGGCCGAGGAAACUGCGUUUCUGAAGAAGAAUUAUCGCUCUGAAUUCCACUUUCUAAUGCAGCAUGGGCUCAAAAUCUUUUCUGAUGAAGAUCGCCAAGAAGGACAGGCUAUUCUACGUGCCAUUAUGCAAGAGUCCGAGGAGGAAGAUCCCGACGACAACGAGGAUGGUUUUGACGAAUCAGAGUUCGAGGGCCACCAGGCAGACUACAACUUCACGGAACGUCAGCUUGAUUGGAUUGAAAAGAACUUCCGCAAUUCGGAGCAGUUUAUGUACUCUUAUGGACUCAAGUUUUAUAACGAUGAUGAUCUCGAGGAGGCUAAGGUGAUUGCGGAGGCUUUGAUGGAUAGCGAUGAUUGGAGAUUCUUGGAAUCGCCGCUCGAAUUUUUGGAGGGACGGAGAUUGAAGCUACAAUUUGUGUUAGCCGAAGUCUAG